AUGCCGCGUUUCAGUUCUGUUAUACCGGAGAGGAUCUUGGAUUACGAUAUUUUCCGGCCGAGGCGGAUUUCGAGGCCUUCUAGAAACUCAAUUCUGGUGAAUCCACCACCGAGUCAGAUCUCGGCCAACAUACCUCCUAUCAUUUUUCUACAUGGUUUAUUGGGCCAUAGAAAGAAUAACAGAACAGCAGCAAGGAUUCUGGCCAAUCAGUUAGGCACUACAUUGAUUGUUCCAGACCUUAGAAACCAUGGAACAUCGUUUCAUUCCAAACCACAUAACUAUAGAGCUAUGUCAGACGAUAUUACUAAUUUGAUGGAUCAUCUUCGAGACGAGGUCGACUUUGAAACCAACGGAGUUAUAGUGAUGGGUCAUUCUAUGGGAGGAAAAGUGGCAAUGGUUCACGCAUUAAGAUUUCCUGAUAUAGUGAAGGGAGUGGUAAGUAUUGACAAUGUUCCAUACAUGAAUCCAGAGACUUCAUAUGCGGAGUUUGAGAAGUUCCAUCUGUAUCUGAGAUAUAUGCAUCGAUUACUCGAAUCCGGUAGCUGUAGGAACGUUAGACAGAUAGAACAAGCACUUGUUAAGUAUGUUGAACCGAGAAGGAAGGUGGUAUCGUUCUUAGUGAACAAUCUACAUAAGGAUCCGGUGACUAAAAAGGUUCAAUCUAUGGUACCCUUGAGUUUACUCAAUGAAUGUAUUGAGGAUAUUAUGGAGUUCAAGAUGUCUGACAGCGGAGAUCUGGAUGAUUUUUCCGUGUAUCAGGAUCCUUUACUGAUACUUCGAGCCAAUUAUAGUCCCUUUGUUGGACAGGAUAUUCAUGAGCACUUGAUUAGAGAGCAUUUUGAGAAUUAUGAGAUACAGAGUAUAGAUUCGACUCAUUGGAUAGUUACGGAAAAUAGAGGGGAGUUUGUGAAGAGGGUUGUGAAGUGGGUGAUGGAUAAGUUUACGUAA